GGUAUGCGCCGUUGACAACUAUUCACUUUCAGUAGAGAUUAAUUUUGAACUUGUUGAAGAAGCACUUUCAAUCACUCCAGCCGAAAAUAUAGAACAUACAUGUGGAUUAUAUCUCGAGUUUUUGGAGAGUCCCGAUGGACCCGAGCUAUCUUUGUGACAAUAUGUUUGCAAGCCGUUCUCGCCAUAAUAUUUGAAGCCGUUGUAUAUUCAUACCAUCAAAAAAUGCUCGACAUCCUUAAUCAACAACAUUUGAACCAAGGAGCAGACAGUAUCACAAAUGCAUAUGCCAAUGCCCAGUCACUGUCAGUCUAUUUCAUAUUAUUCAUUAUCGCGCAAAUUUUUACUAUUGCGUUGGUUGUGGAUGCGAUAUACCAAAAGAACACCAUACAACUUAUUGCACUUUGUGUAUUCGAAUUUGGCAUUGGUGCUUAUUCAGUCAUUCAGUACCAUCAAUCAACAACACUAUUUAGUGGCGACGAAACGGUGAUCGUAGUAGCUGUACAAAGUGCAUACGACGCUGGACGCUGGGCAGAAAUUACAGUCAUCGUUCUUAUGGUGCUAGGGGUGAUCACCUUUACAUUCCUUGCAUACAAACUUUAUCUAGAGUUUGGCUGGCAUAUUUACAAAAAAAUUGGGGCUGAUUUGUCAAUGCGAGAUCGCUACAAGAUGUAUCAAAUUUUCAUCAUGAUGUUGAAGUUUGAUUUCUUCUUUUUCUUGGGCUUUUCAGUUCAGUACCUGGCUCUGCUUAUUUUGACAUCUGAGUCAAACCUGACGACAGCAGACGCAAAAUCGAGUAUAGUGAAACAGCUAAUUGAACAUAUUGUUCUCAGCUGUGUUGUUACUAUUGCUAUGCUUCUGUUGGCAUACUGGGGGCUCAUUCGGGAGAAGAAAAACUACAUAUAUGGAUUCAUAUUGGGUUCGUUUGCCAGUAUGGCAUAUUUCAUAUAUAUGUUGGUCGAAAUCUCGCAGCAUCCUCAAAACUAUCAAGGAACAAAAAUAUUUUUAACGUUUUUCUUGUGUGUUGAUAUGGUGUUGAUCAUCGCCACAGUGCCAGUAUCCAUUAUAUGCUUAAGAAACUUUGGCUUGGGUCUGAUGAAUCAUAGUAAGAUUUUAAAAGGAAUUAUAUAUUGCAUUAUGUGAAAUCCAGUUUUGAGAUAUUGAUGUUCCUUCUCAUUAGUUUCACAUAGCAACUCCACUGCAAACUCCACACAUUCCAUGACACCAAUCGGUCAAGAGAAGCAUAGCAAUCGACGAUGGUCAAUAGAAUAGUUAGUUCUCAUACCACAUUAACCCCACAAGCAUCUUACACCCUGUAUCUAUCGUAAAUGAAAUAUUCAAGGCUCUCCGCCUCUCUCUCCAUAGUGUCCAUAUUCGGUAGAGGAUUUUUCUUUUCUCAUAUCCAAACUACCUUACUAGUGCAACCAAAAAUCUUUUAAUUCUCAUACUUUAUUGCUUCAACUGACUGCAUGGAGAUAAAAUGAUAGUCGCUCUGUUAUCGUUAGCAUGUUGACUAUACUACUACUACAGUAGCGUACGGCGCAUUAGUAAAGAUCAAACUUUUUUUGAAGACUGUGC